CUCUUUCGCCCGGUGAUUGAUGUCCCAGAGUCAACAGCUAGCGAGCAGCCGGAGAGGGGAAGGAGCAGUCUGAGAGGGGAAGAAUACGGCGCCCCCUCUCACUCCCCUCCCCCCUACUUGAGCCCUCCCUGCGCACUUGGGCUCCAAGUCUCGGCGCAACCAGGAGCCGCUGCCGCCUCCGCGCCCGUGCGCGCGGUCCCCCGAACCAAGCCCAGCGUGCACCGCCGCCCGGGCCCCCCCGCGGGGCCAGGGCCAGCAUGGAGCACCUGGGUCCGCACCACCUCCACCCGGGCCACGCGGAGCCCAUCAGCUUCGGCAUCGACCAGAUCCUCAACAGCCCGGACCAGGGCGGCUGCAUGGGGCCCGCCUCGCGCCUCCAGGAAGGAGAAUACGGCCUUGGUUGUUUGGUCGGAGGCGUCUACGCUUACGGCGGCGGGGGCCCGGCGGCCGGGGCGGGAGCCGGGGGCGCAGGGGCUUAUGGCGCUGGCGGCCCCGGCGGCCCCGCGGGCGGCGGCGGCGGCGGCGCCUGCAGCAUGGGCCCGCUGGCCGGCUCCUACAACGUGAACAUGGCCUUGGCGGGCGGCCCCAGUCCCGGCGGCGGCGGCAGCGGCGGCGGCGGCGGCGGGGGGCCGCUGAGCGCAGCGGGGGUGAUCCGGGUGCCGGCGCACAGGCCACUAGCCGGUGCCGUGGCCCACCCCCAGCCCCUGGCCACCGGCUUACCCACCGUUCCCUCCGUGCCUGCCGUGCCGGGCGUCAACAACCUCACCGGCCUCACCUUCCCCUGGAUGGAGAGUAACCGCAGAUACACAAAGGACAGGUUCACAGGUCACCCCUAUCAGAACCGGACGCCCCCCAAGAAGAAGAAACCACGUACGUCCUUCACGCGCCUGCAGAUCUGCGAGCUGGAGAAGCGUUUCCACCGCCAGAAGUACCUGGCCUCGGCCGAGCGCGCCGCCCUGGCCAAGGCGCUCAAAAUGACCGACGCGCAGGUCAAAACCUGGUUCCAGAACCGGCGGACGAAGUGGAGGCGGCAGACGGCAGAGGAGCGCGAGGCCGAGAGGCAGCAGGCGAACCGCAUUCUCCUGCAGCUGCAGCAGGAGGCCUUCCAGAAGAGCCUGGCGCAGCCGCUGCCCGCGGACCCGCUGUGCGUGCACAACUCGUCGCUCUUCGCCCUGCAGAACCUGCAGCCGUGGUCCGACGACUCGACCAAGAUCACUAGUGUCACGUCCGUGGCAUCUGCCUGCGAGUGAGCCUGCCGCUCCGCCCUCGCAAGACCCCAGACCCAGCCAGGGGUUCGCUGAGGCCCGAAAGCCAGGACUUUCCCCAUCCCUCCCAGUCUUGGACUGCACGCGGGAGGGGAAAGCCGCGCCCCUUCGCACAGGUCCGCGCCCUCCCGCAGACCGUGUACUUUCUUUGGAGGAAGAGAAGAAAAGAGAACAUGGGACCGUGACACGCAGCCCCCUCUCAGAUGCCUAUGCGGUCCCUGCCCGCCCCAACUGUUCAGAGUCCUCUCCGUUGCUUCUGUUUUAUUUUAUUCUGAUUUUUAACAUGAGGCUGAGAGAGAGAGGGGAGGUGGGAGAGGAAGAGUUUCUGGGGUCCCCGGGGCUCUCAUCUGAACUUGCCCGGCCAAACCCCUUCUCCGUGUUUCACUCCCCAUCACACAGUCAGACAGCCACAGACCCACUGAAAGGCUAUAGCUCCAUCCUUUAGGCCAUCACCCCAGAACCACACUGAGCGGAUCCAUGGCAGGAUGUCAUGCACAUACAGGAUCACCCUUGGCCCUCACUAUCAGGCACAGGUGAGUGGUGACCCAGACUCAUUUUAGGCAGCUUGGCAUUUCCACUCCACACAAACACCGGGCCACAGCCACACUGUGACAUGUGAUCCCACACACCACAGCCACAAAAGUGCCAACUGGCCUGCCAGGCCCCCACUACACAAGCCUGCCACACCUAGGUACAUGCAACCAGGAUUCCACACAAACUAGGCCCGUUUCUCCAGAUCCUGUUCGUAGGGGGGGUUUAAGUUAUGCACUUACAAGGUGUUUUCUGUGUAACCAUUUUAUAAAGUGCUUGUGUAAUUUAUGUGAAAAAUAAUAAAACCCUCUGGA